AUGGCAGCACAGGCCUGGACCCCUUACAACAGCCUCACCCAGGCUCCCACCAACCUGAAGGAGGCCAUUGACUGGGUCCUGAGGGUUACUGGUAGGGAUGGUAAAAGCAACAAGGCGGCACAGCCGCCACCAAGCACUAGUAAUGGCCCUCAUUGCUUGUGCUACUUGGCCAAGGCAGUGAAGGACCUACUGUAUGAUGCCAGGUCCCCGGAGUACCCUGGUCCCAGCACUGGGAGGAACUGGAAUGACAUACUCCUAGACCAGGAACAGUCCAUAGUAAAGCCAGUGCUCACUGACCUGGGACUCCUUAGUGAUAGCACUAGUGCUGCCAGUACUACCACUACCUGUGCUGGUGGUACCGAGGUCAUAAAGGCACUGAUAGACCAGUUGGCACAGGGACUACAGAAGUGGGUUGGGUGGCAGAAAGGCAAGGAAGUCUGUUGUCUAGAUACGGAAACUGGGAUAGGAGGGAAGUGUACAUGUCCUGGUGGUGGUGCUGGCGGUUGUUGUACCGGUUCUAGUGGUACUUGUACCUGUGCCUCUGCGAACAAUUGCUAUAAGUCAGCCUACAACAAGGACUCGGCCUUAUGGACGAACAUAGUCAAUGGUACCACAGGUAAGUACCCACUGGUAGUCAUAUGGACUAAUGGUGUAGUAGGUGUCGGAGGAUCCGGAUCGGCUGGUAGUGCAGUUACUGUCAACCCAGUGAAGGCCGCCCAGGAGGUCCACCUCCUGGCCCGUAUUUUCCUAGGGUCAGUAUGCCUCAUCUGGAGUGGACUCAGUCAGUUGGGGUUCCUAACGGGUGGUGGCAAGAGGUGGAGCCAGGAUGGAAAGCUACACGAGGUCGAUAAGGGUCUCGGCUCAUUCAUGGCGGCCAUGGGCUAUGACCUGGAUAGGUUGAAUCAGGAGAAGGGAGGUAAUAAUAAUGGAGAGUUUGUGCAAACGUUGUUGACUGGAGGGAAGGAUAAGGGAGUACCGUGGCAGGAAUUCAAGAAUGGUCCUCCUCAGGACAGUGUAGCUGAGUACUACAGUAGUAUAUAUGACAAUGCUAAGGGUGCUGCCAAAGGCAAGAAAACAGAAGAAAUUUGUACUAAGUACCCCCUAUUGGUACUCCACAUCCUGGCCAGUGGGUACUUCAGGGCGGGCAGUGCGGGGGCUAAGGGAGUGACUACGCCGCCGGCGAAGCCGGCCCCUAGUGAUUCCAGGAAGCCUAGGACCAUCCGGGAGAUCCUAUACUGGCUAAGUGCAUUGCCCUAUAGUAAGGGGUACAGAGAGCUGGUAGAGAGGAUGCAAAGCAAAAUGGAGGGUAUAUUGCCUAAAAAAGAGCAGGAAAAAGGUGAAAUGCAGCUUCACGGUGAAUCUCAAAGUAGUACCACCCUCAAGAGGGACUGUAUUACCCACUACCUAAUGGCCGCCUGUGGCUACUGCCCACUGGUACUCAUAGGUAUCCAGGGGACCAUAGCUACCAGUGGCACGGAUCCUGCUGCUGCAUCAGGUAGUAGUGGUAGUGCUGGUGAUGCUGACCAGAAUAAGUGUCCCAAUCACAGUAAGGACCCUACGCAUAAGAGAUGUACCCUGGAAGAAGCAGCCGCCCAGCCAGCAGCUGACCAGUCACAGUCUACUACCACAGGGAAACCACUCCAAGCCGGCCAAGUCUGCUACGGCGGGUACCACCUGGCUGUAAAGGAUUUCGGCCCCCUCCAUGGGAUGUAUGCCAAUGGGCUCUUUGGCUUUGACAUGGGCGGCUCUGCCGCCCAGUGCCUGGACCAACUGAGGAUAUAUGUCUACCACUGCUUCUACCAGCUCUAUUUCCUAAGGAAGCAGUGUAAGGUGGGGGUGGUGGACAAGGAUGUGCUGGGCUGGAAGAGUUGUAGGUAUGGUUAUCAGGUGGCAAUGAGGGAUGGGAAAGUUACCAAUAAGUGGCAGUGUACAGAUAAUGGUGCUGGACAGAAGUGUAAAUGUCUGGCAGACGGAGCUAUCCAGCACACGGGUGGAUCACCCGGUGAAGGAUCACCAUUACAGAGCUUCUUGUGUGAUAUUCUCGGUUCACUAAAAUGCAAGGAAACUACAGGAAGUAGUGUAAAAAGAUACCCAGAUAUAGAAAAGCACUGGACUACCAAGUAUGAAAAUCCACCGGGGCAUUAUGAAGGAGCUCCUAAACACUGUCCAGUCCCAAUGGGCUGGGAAAAGGAAACUAACUUCAAAGAUUUAACCAAGACGCACAAGACACUGCCUCUAUCACCUCCAGGCACUGGCAAGUACCCUGCCCACUGCACUGGCAGGACGCUGUCACUGCUCCUGGAGUACUACUGUGACCCAGAGAAGUGCCAUGGCACCCUAGUGGUACUCCUGAGACUCCUGGCAUGUAUUACUCCCACGGUGCCACGGACCCUGGGUGACCUCUUUGGGUUCUAUUACUAUAUAGUGUACAUUGGGGGACAGAGUGGAGGUGGUGGACAGAAAGUGUAUCAGAAGCUAGAAAGUGAACUACGGGAUGUUAGGUUGAGCAUGCUUAGUGGUGGUAAUGAUGCAGUGGUCACGGCACUAGAGGGGUGGAACAAGGGAGAUUGCAGUGGCAAGGGAGGCAACCUUAAGUGCCUAUAUACAUGUGAUAAGGGUGCCGCUGGUCAAUGCUCUCAAUACUUAUGUCCCCUCAGUGGCCAGCAGUAUGGCCAGUUGAGUCCAGCGAUGGCCGGGACCUACCUGUCAUGGUUGGUCUAUUUGAUAGGGGAGUUCCAGGGAGGAUUACAAAGCCUGGAAAAGGCGUUUAAGGAGAUUGACUGUAAGGAUUCAGAGUGCCGUACGGGUGGUGCGGCAUCUGGAGCUGGUGGAUGUGGCAAUGGUAAAUGCGUUAAAGGAGAGCAUGGUAAAACGUGCGAUGGUGGUGACGGAGUAUGUAAAUGCCCAUCUGUGGUAUCAUGUACCGGGGUACUGCCGGUGUUGUACAAGUAUGGCUUUGGGUAUGGUAAUGUCAGUAAGCUGCACACUACUGGAGGUACACAUAAGAAGUGUCACAACUUCCUGGGAACACUAGAGAGUGUCCUCAAGGGUGAACACCUCAAGAAAGACUCUAAUACAGGACUCCACCGUGAAAUAAACCAACUCAUCUACACCACCAGGCUCCCCUGGAUCUUUGUACUGACCUUGGCCUGGCUAGUAGCGGUACUCUACCUUGCCUUUGGAGCCAUAUGGCCACUGGACUGGACACAUAUGAGGUCGCAUUGUAGAGGAUGGUUCAGGAAGGGCAGUCUGAGUCCAUGGGAGAUCUUGAUGGUGGGUAAGAAGAAGGGAAGGGGGAUACUGGAGUUUUUUGGUGGGAGGUAG